AUGGAGCCCCUUAGCAUCCCUUAUCUCACUCAGAGAGCCCAUGAACUCACCUUCGACGAGCUACUCUCCUCAAGGAAGGCGGCAGGAUACUGUACUCCAGAAGGAUACGCCAUCACGGGCUUCGUAUACCCCCCUGACCAACCCAUUUUUUGGGUUAAGUUUGGGAACCGAUCGCAGGAGGCCAUGUUUGCCGAGACCCGAACGCAGCAAUUCGCAUUGGACAAUCUCGAGAAAAUACCGAAAGAGGAAAGGGAAGGCAUCCAUAUACCCCGAAUCUUUCGCAUACUCAAAGAGCAGCAAAGGAUUUUUGUCGUCAUGGAGUUGGUGAACGGCAAAAGACUUGACGAAAUCGGCCAAUCUAUCGAGAAUUUCUACGAGAGCGAAAUCUCGGACCCGUACUUCGAUAAAAUCACUCGAGCACUCAGGCUCUUUUUAUCAUUUCCAGUUCCACCGGACACCAAGCCAGGUCCUUGCGGUUGGGGUGGAAUCAGGCAUGUGUUCUUUAAAGACCAGCAGGCACCAGUCCCCUAUAUAUCCGUCGACGAGUUGGAAGAGCACGUCAACAAUCUCGCGACGUGGUUCUGUAAAGAUAAUCCCACAGUCACUUUCGAGAGGGAGCUGCAUCUCGUGUACGCUGAUUUGCACCUGGGGAACUUCAUGUUCACAGAUACUAGUGAACUCUACGUCAUUGACUUCGAGCACGCUUCUUUUCUACCGCUGAGCUUUAUGGCCUUUGUUAUUCGCUACCCGUCGAUAAUGUCCGGACCUGUCUCUUCCUGCAUUGAGGACAAAUUUAAAGAUCUCCCCGGGGAUAACCUUGAGGUGAUGGCGAGGGUUUCCGGUUUGAUGGGCAUGAGUGCCUCGAGGCUUGGGCAUAAGAUGAACUGGACAGAAGGGAAUCUAGCCCGUCACACCCGUGGCCGCGGACACACUCGAGACCUCACACGCCAGCGCCAGAACUUUGCCAGUGCUCGCAGGGCGCAGGCCCUUCGGUCGACUACGGGUGCUUCUAGCAAACCCGCAAGAGCGCCAGCCGAAGAAAUACAAUCGUCGUUCUUCCGUGAUAGCUGCCUCCCAUCGAAGGAUCGGCCGCAGGAGGAUAACCAUGUCCGCAAGCCAAGUAAGGCAAAGGAAACUACACCCAUUCUCACGGCAGCCCUCGAAAAGGCCGUCCAGCGAGAUACCAAUAAACGGAAGCGAGGCUUGGAGAGAGGGCAGAGAAAUGAUGACGAUCUAGAAGCCAAGCGGCGACGGCUCCUAGCCAUGCCAGAUUGGGCGGGCCUCGAGAUGCAAGAAGAAAUCGAGCGACUGCAGACACUUUCCGAUCGGCGUUGGGAUCGAUCGGCAGUCGAGCGAGGAGGAGACAUGCCAUCCCACUUAAUGACAUCACAACAAGCUUGGAGAAGAAGAAGCAAGGAUAAGACCCCACCUGCUCAAGAGGAGGUAGCACCAGGAGGAGGAUCUUGUGCUCCACGACUUCGCCAUCCAAGACCUAUUCGUCAUGCGGGCCAACAGCUCGUGAAGGAACUUGAGUCGUCGACGGGGGCGCUGAGAUCAAGUGUUGAGAGAGGGGAAAAGGAUGACGAUAAUCUGUUACCUCUCUGCGACGAGUUGCCUGACGUGACGGUGAGACUUGAUUAUCUGGAUGAUUCGAGUGUUGCUGAAUACCAUGCUCCUUCCGUGGCUGGAGGCAGCGGCACGGGACAUGUGGUGCGUGAUGUGGGGUGUGCUAUUGAUGAGGAGCGUGGGAGUAUCCCGAGUAGAGAUAUUGCUUGUGGGGAAAGGAUCCGGGCUGCGCCGGAUAGACCUUCCUUGGAGAAAGACGAAGUUCCACGACCUCCCUUGUCGGAGUCUGAUGACGUCAGUUUAACUGCUCUGUUAUCGGACGACGAUAGUAUCUCUGCCGACGAGGAACCGCGUCUGGAUCCGAAAUACGUAGGUGAAGAGUCCUCUUCACGAUCGAGUGUCCGUGGCAUGGGUAGUGCCUCUUCAAAAACAGGGAGUCACCGCCCCAGUGAUGACAAGAAAGUAGAACGCGUGAAGAAACAGCACCAAGCGGCGGAUGAAACUCCUGGCCCCCUACUACAGAAGGAUACUGAGGACGAAUGGCUCAACUUCAUCUUCAAUGGCGACGGUGCCGACGAGGCCCGAAAGCGGGCCUUUGACAUAGCGAAACGAGACACCGCGCGGUUGCUCGCUCCCUCUCUACCGUCUUCCAGCGGACGCGAAACGGCCGAGUCGGCUCCGGGGGAUUCGGACGCCGGGGCUACAUGUGGGACGGAUGGCCAUCCCGAUCCGGACGAUCUACUCUCGGAGGCGUAA